AUGGGCGAGCGGGAAAAAAGGUUUGAGCCUCACCUUGGCAAGGGGAACGCCCGAAUUAUGAUGGAAUAACAUUCCCCCAUACCGGCACCUCGCAGCUCGGGCGGCUGAGGAGCGACAUCUGUGUUACGCUUGGGCCGAUCCCUCAGAAACAUUAUACAAGAUUUUAAUUAAGGAGUAGACUCACUGAAAACCGCCCAUACACUCAGCCCAAAAGACUCAACCCAGCCGUGGAGAUCGUAGGAUCCUUUGCCAUCCCCCCUUGCCAAUCCCACCGCUCCACCCCCUGCUGGAUCGAUCCAGGGCGGUGCAAACAGGCUUACCUCUCGUGAUCACCACUGUUCAGCACUUCCUCCCACAAUCUCUCGGCCAGCCAGCCAGGCCCACUCGGACCAAUCACCCCGGACAGAAGAGAUCGAUCCAUCUACACAGAGCACCAAUAGGCCUGAGCUUCAUCGACGAAAUGGAGCAUACAAUCGAUUUAACCGACCCUCGUUCGGCCUUGGACCUCUCAAACAUCCGUUACCAGUUAAUGUUCUCUCCCCCCCCCCCUGUUUCUCUAGACACGCUCGCUUCCGAAUCCCACUAAUGCAUACCCCAGUCGCCUGGAGGACACUAUCAUUUUCCACCUGAUCGAGCGAGUUCAGUUCCCUCUGAAUCCGACAAUCUACUCGACCAAUGCCAUCACCAUUCCAAACUUCUGCGGCUCCUUCCUGGAUUACCUCCUCAUGCAGCAGGAGAGGAUCCACGCUCUGGUCCGUAGAUACCAAGCGCCAGACGAGUAUGCAUUCUUCCCCGAGCUGCUCCCGUCACCCAUUCUAGCGCCCCUGAAAUACCCUCAAUUGCUGCAUCCUAACACUGUCAACUUCAACGAUAAGCUGAAGACUGCCUACAUCAAACACAUCCUGCCCGCAGCCUGUAAACCACAGGUGGCAGAUCGUGGGGAGCGGUACGAGAAUUAUGGCAGCACAGCCGUCAACGAUGUUGCUUGCUUGCAGGCGCUCAGUCGGAGAAUCCACUUUGGGAAGUUUGUCGCCGAAGCAAAGUUUCUGGCCGAGAAGGAGAAAUUCACCGACUUGAUACAGCGGAGGGACACCAAGGGCAUCAUGAGGGAGAUUACGAACGAGGCCGUUGAGAAACAGGUACUUUGCAGGCUGGAAUUAAAGGCCAGGACUUACGGCACCGAUCCCGGGGAUAAUUCCAAGGAUCCCAAGGUCAAAGUCAACGUCGACGCUGUAGUUGCAAUGUAUAGAGUCCGUGAUCCUCUCCUUGUCCGAUUCAAAGUAUACAUUGCUAACCUUUUCACAGGAUUACGUCAUCCCGAUGACUAAAGAGGUGGAGGUAGAAUACCUUCUCCAACGGCUUAUUAACCCCGCGCCCGAGGCCGUCACGGAGAAUAGGCACUGGCUCCUUUCGGCCGCAGAGGCGUUUUUUUCCUUUAUCUCUUAGAGAUUCAGACUACCUUUCUUCGGGACGUAAGAUUCAGGGGUGGAGAUGCGGUCUCUUUUUCUCUUCUAAAUACAAUAUAAGAUAUGGGAUCACUUUCG